AUGGUGUUGGAACAGACGCUGGCGAUAAUCAAGCCAGAUGCAGUGCACAGAUCAUACGAGAUUCUUGAUGACAUUGUCGCACGCGGCUUUACCAUCCUCAGAAAACGACGAGUACGCAUCUCGCCAGAGCAAGCAAACGAGUUUUAUGCAGAGCACUACGGCAAGGAGUUCUUCCCACGCCUCAUCGGCUUCAUGAGCAGUGGACCGAUCAUGGUGCUUGUGCUGGCAAAGGCAGACGCCAUCACCAGCUGGAGGGAAGCCCUCGGCCCCACAAGCUCAGAGAAGGCGCGCGACACAGCCCCUGCCAGCCUUCGAGCAAAGUAUGGCACAGACAACACACGCAACGCCCUGCACGGCAGCGAUUCCCUUGUAUCCGCAAUGCGGGAGAUCAAGUUUUUCUUCCCAGAGACUCCCGUUGCGUCGUCGUCAGAUGCAGGGGAGGCGCGGGAGUAUCUUGAGAAGCAGGUCAACCCCACCCUCAUUCGCGGCCUCACAGCCCUCUGCAAG